AUGAUAGGCGGACAUGUUGUUAUGUUGUUAUUCGUCUUAGAAACAACUAUAAUUAUUGUUAUUUGUUGUUAUUGUGGUAAUCACUAAGAGAGAGAGAGAAAGAGAGCGAGAGUGAGAGAGGGAAAGAGAUGAACAGAAAACAAAACAAAAAAAAAUAACCAUGAAAAGGAUAUAUUCUUCACCUGUUUACAUUACUGAUUCAUUAUGACAUCAAUGAUUUCUUUUAAUAAUCUAUACAAUGAUUAUCAGCAUAAUUCUAUAAUGAUAUUGAAUUCUUUUUUUAAUUACUCCGAUUAUUAUUAUUAUAAAAAGUAUUUUUUUUAACUGAUUGAUCGAUCGAUUAAUUGAUUGAUUGAUUAAUUGAAAGAUAAACAAGGUGACAGAAAGAUUUAUUAUGAUGUCAGGAAAUUAUACAUCAUCAUCAUCACCAUCACCAUCACCAUCAUCAUCAUCACCAUCAUCGUCUAAUCAAUGGAUAGGAAAUAAAUCAUUCUAUAUACGUGAUAAUACUAAUCCAACCUUACAACAUAUCAUAGAAAGUUGUAAUUAUGAACCAUUUUCUAAUUAUAACACUAGAAUAAAUUCAAAAUCAUAUAGUCAUUCACAAAAUCGUUAUGAUACAUUGUAUCAUUCGAAACAGCAACAACAACGGCAAAAUGAUGCAUUCAAUUGUAAUAUGCCAAGAAUUGCAUUAUCACCGCCACUUCCACCGCCGCCGCCGCCACCACCACCACCACAGAUUCAAAAAUCAAUUAGAAAUUAUCAGCCUAUGAAUGAAUCAUAUUGCAUACCUAAACGAUCAUAUUCACCAUUAAUUAUUCAAAAUAAAUUAGAAACAGAAAAAGGAAAUUAUUCUUAUUCUAAAUCAAUGAUAAAACAACAAAAUCCAUAUCAUCCUAUUCAAUAUACAAAAUCAUCAAUACAAAUUAUACCAGAAACAAUAUUACCAAUAAAUCGAUUAAAUAAAAAUCCAAUCAAUCAAUAUAGAUCACAAUUUAAUCCAUCUUUAUCAUCUUAUAGAUCAAGUCAACCAAAUGAAAAUCAAUUAAAAUCAUCUUUGAAUGUAAUCAAUUUAAAAAGAACAAUAUUACCAGAGAUAUCUCAUAAUUCUAUAAUAAAUCCAAGUCAUAUAAUGAAUUCACAAAGAAGAACUCAUUCACCUAUAAAAUGUAAUAUAUUAGAGAAUAAUAAUAAUAAUAAUAAUGAACCGGAUAUUUGGAAUAUUGGUUCAUCAACUGGAUUUGAUCAAUCCAUUUAUAUUGAACAUUCAAAAUCUCGAAUAAAUAAAUCAUCAUUAUGUAAUCAAAAAUAUAAAUUAUUCAAUUUAUCAAAACAACAAUUAACUUUAUAUCAUGAUGAUAUGAAUAUGAAUCUAAUGAAUUCAGAUAAUGGGAAUAAUUUAUUAAAUACAGAUGAUGAAACAGUUUCAUUAAAUACAAUAGAUGAUCAUAAUGAAGAGAAUAUAAAAUUAUUAAAUAAACAAUCAAAUUCAUUAAAACAAUUUCAUGUCAAUAAAUAUGAAUUAGAUGGUUCAACUAAAACAUUGAUUCCAUCUAAUCAAUUAAAUUAUCCACUUAGUACUUCAUGUAAAUCAAUAGAUUGGAAUAAAAGUCAAACUAAUAAUUUAUUGAAUGAAAAAUUGAUUCCUUCAGACUACAAAACCGAAACAAAUCUACCUUUAAAUAUUCAACCAAAUAAUAAACCAGCUACUGUAAACUCAUCUCAAUUUACAUCUUCAUCAUCAUCAUCAUCAUUAUAUGAUCAACCAACUACACUUAUUAAAACAUAUGGAGAUGAUUCCGGUGAUAAAUGGACAGUUUAUUAUCGUAAUCCAAAUAUUCCUAAUGUUCAUAUUGAAUCAAUAAAUGAUAAUAAUAAUAAUAAUAAUAAUAAAACAACUCAAUUACAUAAUCAUUCUAUAUCAAAUCAAUUUAAUUUACAACAAACUUCAUAUAAUAAAACACUUUCACAAUAUUCAAAAGAAUCUUCUACACAAAUCAAUAAUCAAUUAUUAACACCUAAUCAAAAAGAUGAAAUAUCACCAUUAAAACAAAUCAAUAAAAUAGUAACUAUGGGAAAUACAAUAGAUAUAUCUAAAAAAAAACGUAAAAAAUAUCGAUUUUAUUCUAUAAAACAAACGGAAUAUCUUAUUGAAGCAUUAGAAUUAUUAACAAAUUCUAUAGAAAAAAAUAAUAUUAAUCUUGAAUUAGAAUUAAAUAAUAAUGAUUUCAAUAAUAAACAAUCAUUAUUAAUGUUACAAAAUACCGAUAUUCAUUUACAUAGAAAUUUAUCAUUAACAACAAAAUUACGUCCAAAAAAUUUCAAUACAAAAUAUGGUAUUAUUAAUCGUCAUGAAUAUAAACGUAAAUCAGCUGGUUUAAAUCAUACAGAUGAAUUGAAUCAUAAUCGAAUUGAAAAAGUUGCUGUUGAAGUACGUGUAGUAUUUUUAAAAAUUGGUGAAAUUGAUACAUUGAAAGAAUUAUAUUAUGCUGAUGCAUUUCUUCAAGCCAAAUGGAGAGAACCAAAACUUGAUGGACAUACAGCUGAAGAAUUAAGUAUUACUGAAUUGGAACAAUAUUGGAAUCCUUUAUUGUAUAUUGAUAAUAUAUUAAGUGAAACAAAAGAUACUCAAUGGAUAAUGGCUGUACGAAAUGAAUAUGGUGAAGUUUACUUAAUGGAACGUAGACGUAUUAAAGGUGUAUUUUUAGAAACUUUAGAAUUAAAUGAUUUCCCAUUAGAUGUACAGGAUUUAACUAUUACUGUGACAACAGAACGACCUGAUACAGAAGUUGAUAUUAUUCCUGAUCAAGUAGAAAUGUCUGCUAUCAAUAUACAAACAUUUGUUGAUCAACAAGAAUGGAAAUUACAUGAACAUGUAGAGAUUAAGAAACGAAUUAUUAAACAAGAAUAUUCUAGUUCAAUGAAAAGUCAUCCAUGUUUAUCGGUAACAUGUCGAGCAGCUAGACGACCUGGAUAUUUUUAUUGGAAUGUAUUUCUUAUAAUGUUCAUGAUUUCUGGUUUGGCAUUUGCUACAUUUGCUGUUUCACCGGAUAAAGCAGAACUUCGUCUACGUUUAUCAUUUACAUUAAUUCUGACCAGUGUCACAUUUAAAUAUGUGAUCACACAAAGUUUACCAAAAAUUUCAUAUUUAACUUAUAUGGACAAGUAUGUUUUAAUGUCGUUAUUCAUCCUGUGUAUAAUCAGUAUUUGGCAUGCAGUUGUUACAUUGAUUGGUUUAGAUUUUGAUUUACCCGAUUCACCUGGAUUUGGAUCAUCUUUACCUAGUACUUCUACAACAACAACUACUACAAGUACUACUAAUACUACUGCAACUACUACAUCUGCUAUUAUUCCACCGAAUUUACAUGUAAAUACAACAAAUCAAAGCCCUAGAUUAUAUUUUCCUAAUCAUGAUAAAUCAGAUUCAAUACAGUCUACUCCUAAUCAUACUCAAAUGAAAAUAUCAAAUUACAAGUUUUCAAAUACAUCUGAAAUAUCAGAACAAAUGAAUAAUUCAGAUGCAUUGCCUUCAUUGCAUAAUCUCUCAUCAUUAUCACCAUUGUCUUUGUUAUCUAUUCCGUCUAUGUACAAUAAUCUAUUACAGAAUGAUUCCUUUACAUUAUUAUCUAAAACAGGAACAUCAUUGAUGACGGCAACACCUGUUAAUCAAACAUUCAACUCUUUAUUAAAAGAACAAAACAAUGGAUGUAGUCGGACUAAUCGUAUGGCAUGUUCCGAUUGGAAAAUGGUACAACAAAUAGAAAAACAUGUAUUCACAUCAUUUGUUACAAUUUAUAUAUUGGCACAUGCAAUUUUUAUAUUUUGGCUUUAUUUCGAUGCAAGUAGACGUAGACGAGAAAUGACACAGAAGGAUAAAGAUUAUAGGGCAACUAAACGACCAAUUAAUCAGAGAGAAUUUGGAUCUGGAACAUCAUUAUAAAUCAAUAUGUAUGAGAACACAAUGAUUUCUAUCAACUAUCCAAUAUUUUAUAUGCAUAUUAUAUGCACAAUAAAAAUAUACUAUAAUUUCAUCUAUUGUAUGAACCAGUAAAUGCUCAAAGGUAUGUAUCAUAAGUGAGUUAAGAUAUUCAUAAAGUAAUCUAGACGGCAAUUGUUUAAAAUAUUGAUACUUUUGCCUGAUGUAUAUUAUGCUGUAGUGUUGGUUACUAUGUUAAGCCCACAUAAUGUAUUCUAACGUCGUGACAAUCUAUCCAUACUACCUGUGUCAUAUUUUAACCUUGUUAAUUAUUCACUUAUCAACCUUUACUAUUCUUAUAUGAGCACAUAUGUGUGUGCACAUCGUAUUCUAUUCAUCAUAUGUUUGUAAUUUAUUUUGAUCCAGCUAUAAAUAUUGAAUAACGCUUGAUUAAAUGGAGUUGGCUCACGCGCCUUCUCCAUUGCUCGUCAUUUUGCUUCACUCUCACUUCUCCUUUACCUUCGCAACGUCCUUUUGUUUGUCUGUCCAGAUUAAUGAUUGUACAAAAUAUACGUAUUCAGAAAUUCAUUCUCGUAUUCGACUUAUUUGAUUUCAUUGUUCCCUAACGCGAGUUAAGUCGAUAAUUAUAUACGAGGAUAGGCGACAUACAUAAUUCGACAGCAAACAUUCGUAUGAUGUAAUUAGAGUCAGAUCUCGGGCCACUAAACUGCAUUUUGAUCCCUUUCUAGAAAUUGAUAGAUCAUUAUAUUGUUAAUUGAGUAUUUAAGUGAUAGUUUAACAAAAUGUUAAUAAGAAGUUUUUCUAUAUUCCAUUGCAUAUAAAGUGCAUACUAUACAGUAAUGAUUCACUGUUAAAGACCAAAGUUAAGCAAAUAUACAACACUUUUCUUUUUCAACAGGCCUCCAGCUAGUUGCUAUAAAGGAGGGAAACUAUACUCGAAUAGGUAAAGUUUAUUUUCCUGAUAUUGAGUAACAUUUCAAGAUGUUUUAUUACUAUAAUGUUUAAUUAGUGAGCCAUAAGUUUGAGUUGAUUUUAAAGUUUAAGAUGGUGGUUGGAGGUAGUCAACAGGAAACCCUGAACAUAGGUUUCGUGCUAAUGGGCACUCCUCAGCGGAGGAACAAAUCAGGAAGAAGCGCUGUAAGUGGGUAGGACACACAUUGAGGAAAGCACCCAACUGCGUCACAAGGCAAGCCCUCACAUGGAAUCCUCAAGGCCAAAGGUAAAGAGGAAGACCAAAAAACACAUUACGUCGAGUAAUGAAGACAGACAUGAGAAAAAUGAACAAGAAUUGGAUCGAACUAGAAAAGAAGGCCCAGGACAGUGUGGGUUGGAGAAUGCUGAUCUGCCGCUUAUGCUCCAUUGGGAGUAACAGGCGUAAGUAAGUAAGUAAGUAAGCUGCUCCCUGACAGAUUCGAUCCCGUGUCUCCUGCAGGACUGAGAUGUGUUUACAAUUGAUUGAUCACUGGGUGGUAGUCAAUGUCAUGUCUGUCAGGACCUUUUUAGUGCAGAUCAAAUCCUAAAUUGUUUUUUAAAUGAAUAAGAUAAGCGUAAUUAAACAAUGAUAACUUUACAAUUAAUAAAUCAGCAUAGAUGAAAUUGAAUACAACAUAUGUAAGCAAAGUUAUCAACCAGCUAAGUAUUUAUUUAAGAAAUAUUUUAAAACUUGGAAGCUUUGGAUGACCGUUUCUGUUCUAUUACGAAACUCCUCAACUUUCUUCAUUUUAAUAUCUUCGUGAAAGUAUUGAUAAUAAUGAUAUCUAAGUAGUAUAUGUUUAUGUAUUCAACUUUUAGUUACAAGUUUUGUAUAAGAAGUAGUAAUUGUAGUCAGUUGCUUGAACUUAAGUAAAAGAAGCGUCUUCUCAACCUACAUGGUUACUGAUUCGAAAGUGACUUGUUUCAAAAUUGUGGAUUCAUGAAAUAAUCUGUUUAAUUACAUAAUAAGAUCUAGCCUCAUAAAAUAGGUGUUUUUUCUGGCGAAUUCUCUGUUUCAGUGAACGUAAAUAGCUACCGACAAUUCAUGAGUCAGUUGAAGCUGGACCAUCAUGGAAAAUUUAAUACCACUGGUUGGGUUUUUCGUCCCAGUAUGGGACUCCUCAACAGUGUGCAUCCACGAUUCGAACUCAGAACGUAUCGGCCUCCUGCACGAACACUCAACCUCUAGACCACUGAGCCAGUAUCCAACUGUGUUAAUGCUUAACUUCAACCAAUCCAAAAAAUUGCACCACUGUCCAUUAUUGUCAUCAGUCAGUUACUAUUUUCUAACAGACCCGGUCAAACUCCACUGCUGCAUACUGCUGAGAAAGCCCAUACUAAAAAGGAAACCGCCAUCCAGUUGCCUCCAGGUUUUCCAUGUUGGUCUAACUUCGAUUGAAUGAUGAAUUCAACUAUUGAAAUUACUAUAUAAUAACUACAAAACCCCUCUCUGUUCAAAAUAAAAGUGAUUUUAUCACUAUAUAUGAUUCUAAGAAUAAAUUUUAUUUACAUUAUUUAUAAUUCUAUUUUAAUUAAGAUCAUGAGUCAGUUGAAGCUAAACCACCAUGGAAAAUCUGGAAGCACUGACGGUCUAGCUUCAAUUGACUCAUGAUCUUGAACAUUGAAAUUACUACAAUCUCCACAAAACCCAUCUGAUAUUAAUCAAAAUAUGCUCACUAGUGACUGGCUUCACGAGGUAUAUCCUGGAGUUCUAGUGAGAAGUAGUGACCAGUGGAGUUCAAACAAGUCUGUUGUGAGAUAGUAACUCACUAAAGACAUUGGUGAAUGUGUCGCUCAAUUUCGUGGAUUAGUUGAAGUUAGACAUUAACACCCUUGGAUGCCGGCUCAGUGGUCUAGUGUUUAAGUGCUCGUGCACUAAACCAGUAGGUCCUGAGUUCGAACCCCGCAUCGGGGCGAUGUCGUGGGUGUGCGCUGCUGAGGGGUUCCGCAUCAGGACGUCCAGUGGUGGUCUAGCUCCAACUAUCUUAUGAUCUUAACCAUUGAAAUUACUACAAUCUCCACAAAACCCAUCUGAGAUUAAUUCUAUUUUAUUUAUUUAUUUUCUUUUUUUAGUGCUAGAAACUAGUCAAGUCAGUUGGAGACAUGAAACCAAUUCCAAAGAUCUGUACUAAAAGAUCCAACUUGUCUGACAGUUUUCCUCUCUUUUUUUGUAUUGUCUUAUUUUGCAUUGGUUUGCACAUAAUUCCUUAUUUUCUUUUUCACUUGUACUCAUACACACAUAUAUACACACACACACACACUUUCUUAGUCAUAAGGUGUACACUAAUGCAUAGUUGAGUUCUUGUAUACAAACUUAGAUACUUAUAUAUUUAUAUAUAAAAGUAUUUACUUAAACUUAUUUUCAAAUCCCUUUAUGCAUUGAGAUGAUUAUGACAUGUACACAAAUCUUUUUAUUUCAUUUAUGAAUAUAUAUGAUAUAUUGUAGUAGAUUAAA